AGAAGUAAAAGAAGACUCAAGGUCAAGAUUGGGAGGGUGAUUGUUGGACCAAUCUUGACAUUCAGUAAUAGUUAGGGGGUUUAUUUUGUAAUUAUGUUGAAGUCUUUAUUUGUUAAUAAUUAGGGUAGAGUCAGUCAUAAUUUUAGGAGAUAUAUCUCAGAUGGAUUUGAGAUUAUCAUAGCUUGUAGGAGUAGGAGAUGUUAUGCUUGGAGAGCAAGGCUGAUGAUUUAACUUGGUGGACAAGAUAAGAUUAAUAAAAAAACCCUGGUUUCCUUUGUUCUUGGAGUCCGGGGACGCUCGAAGUUCCUCUUGCGUUGAUGCUCGAGGGUCCGGCCGCCGACUGGUUUCGGUGGCGCAUGAACGGCCGUCUGAUCACAGACUAUGAGGAUUUCGUGACCAAGUUUAAGCUCCGUUUUGAUGCCUUGCACUAUGUGGAUUAUUUCGGGCAACUUGCAAAUCUUCGCCAGACAGGGUCGGUUAUGGACUACCAAACCUCGUUUGAACACGUCCUUCAACAUGUCACUGGUGCUACUAAAGAAAAUCUCAUGUCUCUCUUCCAUGCGGGGCUGAAACCUCAUCUCCAACAUGAGAUUGCCUUGUUGAAACCAGCCACUCUGUCCGAUUCUUUCGCCCUGGCACGGCUCCAGAUUCCGGUAUUACUCGUUCCACCGUUUCGUGUGUACGUGGGUAAUGGUGAUUCUCUCCCUUGCGAUAAGCAGUGUGUGGAUCUCCAGUUGACACUCCAAGGUACCCUCUUUCCUGUAGAUGUUUUUGUCUUGCCUAUUCAUGGUCAAGAUGUCGUUCUUGGGGUCCAAUGGCUGCAACAACUUGGUCGUGUCACCCACGAUUAUGCCACCAUGACGAUGGAAUUCACCUGGCAUGAUAAGAUCAUAUCCUUAAAAGCUGCCCAGGCCGCCUUCACUCACCUCAAACAUGCAAUGUCCACUGCCCCGGUGCUCCGAUUGCCUGAUUUUGCUCUUCCAUUCGUUAUUGAGACCGAUGCGUGCUCCACUGGUGUGGGUGCGGUGCUCCUGCAAAAUGAACAACCGGUGGCUUUCUUUAGCAAAAAACUCGGACCCCGUAAAUUAGCGGCAUCAACAUAUCAUAAGGAGCUUUUUGCAAUAGUGGAGGCCGUGCAAAAGUGGCGACAAUAUUUGUUGGGUCGCGAGUUUCUCAUCCGCACAGAUCAGCGGAGUCUUAAAGAACUAUUGCAGCAGGUCGUUCAAACCCCGGAUCAACAGUAUUACGUUCGAAAACUUUUGGGGUUUCGCUUUCGAAUUGAGUAUAAGACUGGGGCGUCGAAUAAAGUGGCUGAUGCCUUAUCUCGGCGGGAGGAGAGCCUUGUUGGGACUCCUUUGAUGGCUUUUACAUCCCAUCUCGUACCCUCUGUCAUGGAGGCCAUUCGGCAAUCGGCAGGCUAACACCACAGAUCCUGAAUUGG